UCUCCCUCAUUUCCUAAAUGGAACAGAUUUUUCAACCUUCCACUUCUUCGCGCUUUUCAGUGGUCUUGUUUUGUAGCUUUUUGAUUUUUCUUUACUUCUGACUUUCCGGAGCUGGGCAACCACCACGGUGAUGAAAUGUGCAAAAUGACUCAGUAACUUUUUCCCUUUUUAUUUUUAUUUUUUCGGCUAAACUAGUAGCUGCAUCUAAGCAGUUUCGCACAACCAUGAUGUAUUCUCCACUCUGUCUAACGCAGUUUUGGUCACAGGAAGCCAAAGCCUAUCCCAGCAGCACUGAUGCCCUUUUCAAACAGUUAUGUCAGGAUGAGUUUCAUCCCUUCAUUGAGGCUCUUCUUCCACAUGUGCGUGCUUUUGCCUACACAUGGUUUAACCUUCAGGCCCGCAAACGCAAGUACUUCAAAAAGCAUGAGAAGCGCAUGACCAAGGAUGAAGAACGGGCAGUCAAGGAUGAGCUGCUCAAUGAGAAACCAGAGGUUAAGCAGAAGUGGGCAUCACGACUGCUGGCAAAGCUCCGAAAGGACAUCCGACCAGAAUGCCGUGAGGAUUUUGUGCUCUCCAUCACUGGCAAGAAGGCCUCCUGUUGUGUUCUCUCUAACCCUGACCAGAAGGGCAAAAUGCGGCGCAUUGACUGUCUACGUCAGGCCGAUAAGGUGUGGAGGCUAGACCUGGUUAUGGUUAUCCUCUUCAAAGGUAUUCCUUUGGAGAGCACCGAUGGAGAAAGACUGGUCAAAGCAGGCCAGUGCACCAAUCCAAUCCUGUGUGUACAGCCACAGCACAUCAGCGUGUCAGUCAAGGAGCUGGACUUAUACCUGGCGUACUUUGUGCGAGAAAGAGAGGAGAGAAGUGGCAGAAGCUACAGUCUUCAACGAUGUGAGUUCACGUCUGUCAAAUCCGAGCAGAGCAGCAGCCCCAGAACUGGCAUUGGCUCCGAUCAGGAGGACAGCAAGACAGCCUCAUUGGAUACCCCGGAGUUUCAGGAGAGCUUUGUGACUUCAGGAGUCUUUAGCGUAACAGAGCUGGUUCAAGUCUCCAGAACUCCUGUUGUCACUGGGACAGGACCCAGUUUCUCUUUGGGGGAACUGCAGGGUCACCUGGCCUAUGACUUGAACCCUUCUGGUGCGGGAAUGAGAAGAACCCUGCCCAGCACCUCGUCCAGUGGGAGUAAACGGCAUAAGUCUGGAUCCAUGGAAGAGGACAUCGACACGAGUCCAAGUGGAGAAUUUUACACGUCUCCAAAUUCCCCGGCCAGCAGCAGCAGGAACUGGCCAGAGGACAUAGAGGGAGGAAUCUCUCCCACAGUGAAGAAGACUGAGAUGGACAAGUCCCCAUUCAACAGCCCGUCUCCACAGGACAGCUCUCCACGGGUUAGCAGCUUUACCCAGCACCACCGGCCAGUCAUCGCUGUGCACAGCGCUAUUGCCAGAAGUCCUCACCCAUCAUCAUCUCUACACUUCCCCACCACCUCCAUCUUGCCCCAGACGGGGUCUUCAUAUUUUCCACACACGGCAAUACGAUAUCCUCCCCAUCUCAGCACACAAGAUCCUCUGAAGGACCUGGUAUCACUCGCCUGUGAUCCCUCGAGUCAGCAGCCUGGACCGUUAAACGGCAGUGGUCAAGUAAAAGUGCCCGGCCACUUCAUUUCCUCGCAGAUGCUGGCGCCACCACCUCCCCCUGGCAUGUCCCGACUGGCAUUACCACCCGACACCAAAUCUUCCACGACCACCACAGAGGGAGGAGCUAAUUCUCCAACAUCACCCACGUACUCAGCCCCGGGCACACCCCCUUCCAACCGUUCAUUUGUGGGAAUAGGACCGCGGGACCCUGGGAGCCUUUAUCAACCGCAGUCUUGGUAUCUGGGUAACUGAAUGUUAAGGAGCACCCUUAGAGAACGGACACAGAUUUGCAAUUUUCUUUUUAAUUUUGUGGGAAAUCGUGAACAAAAAAAAAAAGAAACAAAAAUUUUCAAGAGGGAAUACAAUUUAUAUUUGUAAGGAUGCUGCAACCCGCCUUUUAAUGAAAAGAUGGAAAAAAACGGAGAAGAGUGAAACUGGAAGAGGAAAAGAGCGAAGCUGCAGGAACACUACCACCCGCGACACGAGCCCACCGUGCCUGUCUUAUGAGAAGAGCACUAUGUAAGAAUAAAUUGAAAUGAAAGAAGAAGAAGAAGAAGAAAGAAAAAAAAAAAACACAAAACAAGGACUUCAAUGUCACUUCUUCCCCGGCCACCAUGUCAGGUGCCGCAUUGCUCAUAUAUGCAAAACAAUAAUAAGGCUUUAUUUUCUUAAAGUAAAACAGAGAGAGAGAGAGAGAGCGCGUGAG